GACACAUGUGCCACACCGGGGCAGGGGAACCAGCAGCUUGAUCGGCCGCGGCGGACAGAGACGCUCGGCACUCACGACCGACGGACGGACAGCUACUUGGCCGAGCGUGGGCUGCCCCAGCCCGGAGAGCCUGGUAGGCUAGGACCCGCUCGACUCGUGUCGUUCCCGGAGAUCUGCGCCUCUGACGGGAGCGACGCCGGACUCUGUCGGACGCCUCUGUGUUGCCGACCCGAGGCCCGGAGGAUCAGCUGAUCAUCGCCAAGUUUACAGCGCCGGGGCAAAGUUCUCGGUUUACGGGCGACGCAGAUCACCGCUGCUCCAGCGGAGCUCCAUCUCCCAGCAGCUCUCCCUCCCCCUCCUCCGCCCCUUCCUCCACGGCCAGCUACCAGCGUCACUGUCGGCGCACAGUCAGUAGCUCUGUGCUGGGUCUCCAGGCGAGGAGGGUCCCCCCCAAUGCUCGGGGUAACACAACAAGCUGCCAUGGAUUAUUCUGUGCCAUCGUGUCGUUUUGGACUCGAGUGAACCCUCGAUGACUGUUUCUUUCCGGGGACGCUGCAAGACUUCCCCAAUCCCCGCAGCCAGUCUCCUCGCAGCGGCUAGCUUGUCAAGCACAUCGCUGCCUGAAGCCGAGCCAGAGCUAGCUGCUGGAGCCAGCUGCUCCCCGCGUUCGCUGCGGACCACCGGGACAUUUAACGUGUCCGCCGAGCUGGAGGAACCCGACCUGGAUGCCGAGUGAGAUUCAUCUCCCUACACCCUGCUCGGUAGUUAGCCUACUGGUUAGCAGGUUUCAUUUUUUUCGCUAGCUAGCGGAAGCUAACUAGCAGACGAACCCAAAUAUCGACAUUGCAAGCGGGCUAAAGCGAGCUAGCUCUCGGGCGUUGAAGAUUUGGCUCGGGGUUAGUUGAUGACGCCCACCUGUUUGGGUUGGAUCGGGUGCUAAACCCCCUCAGAGGGUCUCAACGCGUCUUUCUCGGGCGACAUUUUUAGUGCAUGUGUGUGUGUGUGUGUGUGUGUGAGGGGCAGAGAGAGAGAUUGAUGAGGCGAUAAGCAGGAACAUUGCAGCCUACACAGGAAGCCAGCAACAACGACGGCAACACAAACACGACCGCGGUGUGUGGACUCCUUCUUGCGGGGGGAUGUAGACCCGGAGUCCCGACCCGUCUCCAACCUGUGCUCGCCUGGUUUCUAUUUGUGCCAAAACGCGCCUGAGAGACUUGCGUGUUUUUUUUUGUUUUGUUUGUAUGUGCGCACAAGCCGAGACACAUCCAGGACAUCGGCGGUGGACACUUCAACCGGUCGCCCACUGCCCCCCCCCCCUAUAGAAGGGACCCGACCACACGUGUUGUUCGAACCAACGUCAGACUGUUUUUUUUUUUUUUUGGUUGGCUUCCAGACACGGAAGGAGCCUAGUGUGUUUUCUGUCGGCGUGUGUUUACACUUUGAGGGAAAAUCCCAGAAAACACAUGCUGCACCGGAGUCCGACCCGCCGUGUGGACCCAUCUCCGUGAGGAGGAGCAGAGGAGACCCCCCCGGGCCCCUUGGGAUCUGACAGCUGUCCCCGGAGCCGACAUCUGGUGCACCUUCCCCUCGCUGCUGGGAGACAGAUUACUACAAAGCAAAGGAGGAGCUGGCCUCACCGACAGAUCUCAUCAGCUUUUCCUUGUAUUGUUGUUGGCCACCCCCAUCCAGAAGCCCGCAUGCAUUUUUGGUCUCACAUUCUGCACUAAAUGGGAUUACAAGGACGGUGAUCAGGCGGGCCCCGUGACUGUCGUUUCUCACCUAACCUGUCACCCAAUGUCUCUCUCCCUCUGAAUUUCCCCUUUUCUUUCGCACCGAUGGCAGUUUGAGGCGAGGUGAACACUCGAUCGUCCGCCGCCGUCACGCACCUCGGCUCGGCCCUUGAUGGUGGUCACAUCUGGCGCCGGACCCGAUUUUUUAAUUCCCUAAAAAAAAAAAACUAAACCCAUUCCCCUUUCAUCCGGUUCUCGUAUCAGCUGUGGUCGCACCAGGGUCGAAAGAUGGCGGACCUCGAAGCGGUACUCGCCGAUGUCAGCUAUCUGAUGGCGAUGGAGAAGAGCAAGUCCACGCCGGCGGCCCGGGCGAGCAAGAAGAUCAUCCUGCCCGAGCCCAGUAUUCGCAGUGUGAUGCAGAAGUACCUGGAGGAGAGAGAUGAACUGACAUUUGACAAAAUCUUCAACCAGAAAAUUGGCUUCUUACUCUUCAAGGACUUCUGCUUGAAUGAGAUUGACGAGGCUGUGCCACAGCUCAAGUUCUACGAAGAAAUUAAGGACUACGAGAAGCUGGACUCGGAGGAGGAGAGGUUGAGCCGCAGCCGACAGAUUUACGACGGCUAUAUCAUGAAGGAGCUCCUGUCCUGUUCACAUCCGUUCUCUAAGAAAGCAGUGGACCAUGUGCAGAGUCACUUGGCAAAGAAACAGGUUCCCCCAACUCUCUUCCAGCCAUACAUAGUGGAGAUCUGUGACAGCCUGAGAGGGAAUAUCUUCCAGAAGUUUAUUGAGAGUGAUAAGUUUACUCGCUUUUGCCAGUGGAAGAAUGUGGAGCUCAACAUUCACCUGACCAUGAAUGACUUCAGUGUGCAUCGGAUCAUCGGCAGGGGUGGCUUCGGAGAGGUGUAUGGCUGCAGGAAGGCCGACACGGGGAAGAUGUAUGCCAUGAAGUGUUUGGACAAGAAGAGGAUCAAGAUGAAGCAGGGGGAGACUCUAGCACUCAAUGAGAGAAUCAUGCUCUCAUUAGUCAGCACAGGGGACUGCCCUUUCAUCGUAUGUAUGACGUACGCCUUUCACACCCCUGACAAGCUGUGCUUCAUCCUGGACCUCAUGAACGGGGGCGACCUGCACUACCAUCUGUCUCAGCACGGCGUGUUCAGUGAGAAAGAGAUGCGUUUCUACGCGGCUGAAAUCAUCCUAGGUCUGGAACACAUGCACAACCGAUUCGUUGUCUACAGAGACCUGAAGCCAGCCAAUAUUCUACUGGAUGAACACGGCCAUGUUCGUAUCUCCGACCUCGGCCUGGCUUGCGACUUCUCCAAGAGGAAACCCCACGCCAGUGUCGGUACUCAUGGUUACAUGGCUCCAGAGGUUCUUCAGAAGGGGACGGCAUACGACAGCAGCGCCGACUGGUUCUCCUUAGGCUGCAUGCUCUUCAAACUCCUCCGAGGGCACAGUCCAUUCAGACAGCACAAGACCAAAGACAAGCAUGAGAUUGACCGCAUGACCCUCACCAUGAAUGUGGAGCUGCCAGACUCUUUCACUGCAGAGCUCAAAGAUCUGUUGGAGGGGCUGCUGCAGAGGGAUGUGUCCAAGAGGCUCGGCUGCCAGGGCCGAGGAGCCCCUGAGGUGAAGGAGCAUCAGUUUUUCAAAGGCAUUGACUGGCAGCAGGUGUACCUCCAGAAGUACGCUCCCCCGCUAAUCCCCCCCAGGGGAGAGGUGAACGCCGCAGAUGCUUUUGACAUUGGCUCUUUUGAUGAGGAGGACACCAAGGGCAUCAAGUUGCUGGACAGUGACCAGGAGCUGUACAAGAACUUUCCUCUGGUCAUUUCCGAGCGCUGGCAGCAGGAGGUGGCGGAGACGGUCUACGAGGCCGUCAACUCGGACACGGACAAGAGCGAGGCUCGCAAGAGGACUAAGAACAAGCAGCUGGGCCACGAGGAGGACUACGCCCUGGGUAAAGACUGCAUAAUGCACGGCUACAUGUUGAAGCUGGGGAACCCGUUCCUGACUCAGUGGCAGCGUCGAUACUUCUAUCUCUUCCCCAAUCGUGUGGAGUGGAGGGGGGAGGGCGAGUCGCGGCAAAACCUGCUGACAAUGGAGCAGAUAGUGACGGUGGAGGAAACGCAGAUUAAAGACAAGAAAUGUAUCCUGCUGCGCAUCAAAGGAGGGAAGCAGUUUGUGCUGCAGUGUGAGAGUGAUCCCGAGUUUGUGCAGUGGAAGAAAGAGCUGACUGAAGCGUUCACAGAAGCCCAGAAGCUGCUGCGUCGUGCCCCAAAAGUCAUCGGGAAAGGGCGGGCCGGAGUGGUGGAGCUCUCCAAACCUCCCCUCACGCACCGCAAUAGCAAUGGCCUGUGAAUACACACACACAUAUACAAACAUAUACACACAUGUAUAUAUAUACACACAUAUAUAUAUAUAUAAAUACACAGAACACACACACACUUUCACACAAAACACACACUGCAAUCCACCUCCCUCCCUUCCCCCCCCUCCUCAUCAGCCACAGGACAUUUGCUCUGACGCCUUCCCAGCGAUCGCCCACGACGCCUUGCAGUGUGUCAGCGGAGCGUGCCCACCGGCCUCUUGCAGAACACACACUUUCCACAUGACGACCAAUCAUGAGCACGAUAUCGUUUUUUUUCUGCCGUGGGACCUUGCCAGUCAUGGAGAGGACGAAAAAGACAAGGCAAGGAGAGAGAGACGACAUUCAGGAGGACCCUGCACGUGAAGAACCUCUGUGUGGACUUGGAUGAAACGCUCCUCUCUUUCCCUUUAUCACUCCCCUCCCCUUGCCCCCCCCCCCAUCACUGCCCAACCUUGCUAUGUUUGAAUCAGGUGAAUUCGUAACCGGGACCCGCAGUAGCCUGACGGACUCCUCGGAAAGCCCACGGAGCCACAGCUCUGAUUACUGUCGCUCAGCGGAGAUGAGACCAGGCUUUACUGGGGAAUGUAUUUCUGCGAGAGAGAGAGAGAGAGAAAAAGUGCUGCUUCACUGGUUCUUCUCACCCCUCCCUCUAACCAUUUCUCCCUGCAUUAUUACAUUAAGUGCAUAAAGUGCCAACAUCAAUAUUUACUUGAGUAACCUGAGCACCCAGAAGGACCUGCUCUGUGGCAGAUGCCCCCCCCCCCCCCCCCCCCAAAACCAAUCCAGACACACAGAGGAGGGGGGGGGUUUGCAGCAGCAGUGGGGAUGGUGGAUCAUUCCAGUGCAGAGAACCGGAAGUACAAGGACCACAGACUCUUUCAGAUUGGCUCCUGUACAGCCAGUUACCAUAGAGACUGAUAUUUCAUUGGCUGACAAACUGCAGCCGGGUUGCUAUGGGAACCAUGAAGACUGGUAUACAUGGGGAAUUGGUAACCACAGACGACGGUAUAACUAUUGUGUAUGAAGGCUACACUUGCAGAGAAAGAGAUGAUGGCGAAUGUAGGGGAGGGAGGGGGUGAGGAGGAGACGGAAGAGUGUAUAUAAACAACCCUUUCUCUGUGCAUCUCCAGUGUUCUAGUCCAACGUGUUUGCAUUAUCGGGGACUUCUGUGUCUGCCUGUUUGUGAAUCUGUCCUGGCUUUUAGGGAAGAGGCUUGUUUUUCCUCCUGGG